AGCCGAGCGGUGCCGAGCAGAGCAGGGAGGUAUUGGGGAGAGGCUGGCUGAGCCCGCCGGCGCGGAUCGUGCUGCGUCGCCGGGCUCCGCGUACCCCCGCCUCUGCCCAGGCUCCCGCGAAACUUUUAUUCUCUGGGGGCUUCCCGGGGUGUCUGAAGGAAUCGGAGCGCUCGGCAAGCUCUGCGCUCCCCUGCCGCGGCGACCCAGGGGACGUGCAUCCCUUGCCCGCUGGGCUCUCGCGCCCCGCACCUCCUCACCUGCUGCUGAUCUCUCCCCAGAGCGGCGAGGGGGCACCGGCGGAAGGGCCGCGCGGGCGCCAGCGCCUCCGAAUUCUCCCGCCCACCACCGUAGACUCGCCCGGCGCAACUUUAACUUGAUUCCUCUAGCCCAGCUCGGGCACCGGCGGCUGCCGCUUUGCUGCCACCUUUGCCGUCUCGGCUACCGCCUCACAAAGGGGCGCGUGGAGGGGAGGCGGCACAUCCGCGGGCACAGGCGCCGGUGCGCGAGGCGCGGGCCUCCUUGCCGCCGAGGCCGGGAGACAAAAGGGAAACUGCCUCUGUUCGCCGUGCGGGCUGGGAGCAGCCUGCUCGUCCGCCUUCUGCCGGGCUCCGCGAGUCUCCUCCCCCAAGCCUCGGCUGCUGCUCCGCCUCCCUCCCCGCGGGCUGUCCCCGCAGUGCUCCGGGACCCGGCGAGCCUUCGGGGCGCGCGUCGCUGCUGGUGGUUGGGGCUGUAGCGAUAAUAAAUGAUAGAGGAUACAAUGACUUUGCUGUCUCUGCUGGGUCGCAUCAUGCGCUACUUCUUGCUGAGACCCGAGACGCUCUUCCUGCUGUGCAUCAGCUUGGCACUGUGGAGUUACUUCUUCCACACGGACGAGGUGAAGACCAUCGUCAAGUCCAGCCGGGACGCCGUGAAGAUGGUGAAGGGCAAGGUGGCCGAGAUCAUGCAGAACGAUCGGCUCGGGGGGCUCGACGUCCUGGAGGCCGAGUUUUCCAAGACCUGGGAGUUUAAGAGCCACAACGUGGCUGUGUAUUCCAUCCAGGGCCGGAGAGACCACAUGGAGGACCGAUUUGAAGUUCUUACGGACCUAGCCAACAAGACGCACCCGUCUAUCUUCGGGAUCUUUGACGGACACGGGGGUGAGACUGCAGCUGAAUAUGUAAAAUCGAGACUCCCAGAGGCCCUUAAACAGCAUCUUCAGGACUACGAGAAGGACAAAGAAAAUAGUGUUCUGUCUUACCAGACCAUCCUUGAACAGCAGAUUCUGUCAAUUGACCGAGAAAUGCUAGAAAAAUUGACUGUAUCCUAUGAUGAAGCAGGUACAACGUGUCUGAUUGCUCUACUAUCAGAUAAGGACCUCACGGUGGCCAAUGUGGGUGACUCGAGAGGGGUCCUGUGCGACAAGGACGGGAACGCCAUUCCUCUGUCUCAUGAUCACAAGCCUUACCAACUGAAGGAGAGAAAGAGGAUAAAGAGAGCUGGUGGUUUUAUCAGUUUCAAUGGCUCCUGGAGGGUCCAGGGAAUCCUGGCCAUGUCUCGGUCCCUGGGGGAUUAUCCGCUGAAAAAUCUCAAUGUGGUCAUCCCAGACCCAGAUAUCCUGACCUUUGACCUGGACAAGCUCCAGCCCGAGUUCAUGAUCUUGGCAUCAGAUGGCCUCUGGGAUGCUUUCAGCAACGAAGAAGCCGUUCGAUUCAUCAAGGAGCGCUUGGAUGAACCUCACUUUGGGGCUAAGAGCAUAGUUUUACAGUCAUUUUACAGAGGCUGCCCUGACAAUAUAACGGUCAUGGUGGUGAAGUUCAGGAAUAGCAGCAAAACGGAAGAGCAGUGAACCCUUCUGGGUCUCGGCUGCCCUCGCCUAAAGGACUCUCAACACACUGGUCUCUUCUAAUGUAGUGAAAGCGUGGGAGUUACAGUUAGGAUCAGCCACCUAGACGUGGGAUUCCCCUCCCUGGUGGGCAUAGGUCUAUAUGCAGUAAUGAAUAGAGGGUGCUCUUGGCCCACAUAGCUGAGAGGCUGGAAAAUGGUUUCUUCAUGUGUUCCCAAUUCUUUCCUCCGAUGUUCAAAAUAUAUAAAUAUAUAGCUGUAGAUUCACAAGUAUGACGUGAACGGCACAUGUGCCAUAUAUUCUCCCCUUUGGGAUUCUUUUCAAGACCUCUUCCAGGAUUCUCCAGGCAUCAGACUCUGUCCUGUCCUUGGAGUGGUGCACAGAGCAGGCCUCCGGAGCUGCAGGGGACGGGCUGCCGCGGCCCCUGUGAGUCUGGGCGGACGGGCCGAUGCCCGCUGCUGAGAGGCAGAGCUAUCCUGAGGGGGCUUUGUCCUCCUGAGCCCAGCUUUUCUGCUCAGCAGCAGCCCAGACACAGAUGUGAAAUGGUUUAUUAUUCCGUGGCCGCUUUUGGAGACGGGGGGAAGGGGGGAGGAUGAGACCGCCCACACAGCACACAUAACCUUUUCCCCUGGCUUCCUUUCUUACUUAAAUAGACUCUGUGCCACCUGACCCGUCUCCGUGCAUUUAUCCUAAUCGUGCAUGACCUUAACCUUUUGCUUCUACCUUACCUUAUGUAAUAGGCAGCUGUGAAACCACCACCAGACACCACGAUUUUUUGUCUUACCAAGAAACCUAUUAGGGGAAAUGGAUAAAGCAAAUCACAAUACCAUAAUUUCUUCACUCUUUAAGGGUAGAUGGAGGGAAAUAGCGGCCAAAUAAGUCACAGUGUCCCCUGGGAAAUCUGCUGUUUGCGUUAGGAGAGAAAGCUGGGGAGGUCACCACUCUGAACUGAGCUCCAGCGGCCGUUUUUGUGUGGGUUUUUUUCUUCUCUCUCUCCUGUCCCAGUAGCCUUCAAGUGUCUUUCAAGCGGUGUUCUGAUCGGCACAGCCUUGAACUGCGUGUGUGUUCCUUGAAGCCGAGGACACAGUGCCCAGCGGAGCUGGGCAUUUGGUGAUAAAAUGCUGGCGCGUGCUUCCCCUUGACAGUGGAGAGGCAGCUGCCUAUAACAUUCGGUUGCAGAUCACUGUCCACACCAGGUAGCUUUCCCCAGGCAAGCACAGCCCGCCCCCCCGCCACCCUGCGUUCCGCGGCAACCAUGCUCACUGGCUGGGAAUUCAAGCUCAAACCUGUAUUGUUAAGUGGCUCAGAGUUAUUUCGGGGCCAGGCUUGCUGCUCUUCGUGCCCUGUCACCAGAGUCAUGUUUCCAAACUCAGUGUUUUAUAAAUUAAUUGACCGAGUGCUGGGUCAGCCCGUUUGCCUGGCUGAGGUGGCUCAAACAACCAGACAAGAUUUUUGUUGUGUCCCCACCCUUCUGUGUCUGAAAUGUUGAGGUGUCCACCUGGUUUUGUCCUUCUCAAGUGGACACUUGUCUUUAGAGCUUCUCAAAGGUCCAGUUCACUGGCCACCUCCAGCCCACAGUGCCCCUCCUUCCCCUGCCCUUCUUCAACUGUGGAGCUUUCCCGAAGCAGGUUCCAGGGGAGAACUUGGGAGGAUGAAGCUUCCCUUGUGGCUGCCAAGGGCUGCAGCCUGACUCGAUUCCUCCAAGCACUUACCGUCCUUUGACUGCAAUGAGAAUUAAUAAUGGUUUCCCAAGCGAUUUGCUCACUUUUGUAAACUGUAACAUUAGAAUUUCCAGCAUUAGAAUUAGAACCCUGGUUAUUUUUUUUUUUAGCUACAGGAAGUUCUAGUACAAAAUACCUGUCACCAUUUUAGAUUGAAAUAUUUGCCUAUUGAGAGACAAUGAACAAUUGGAUGUGUGUAUUUGGGGACGGGGUCAGGGGAGAGGAAGAUGGGAGACAGGCUGGUUGUGCUCAGUGAUGGGAUGGGCAAGCCAGGUGGCCUUGCUUGGAGAUCUAGGACAUCCUGACUCUGGCGAGUUACCAAAGCCCACCAUCUAACUGAAGGUCAAGAAUAAGCAAUUUCAGCAUUUUAUGCUACCCAGUCCAAUUUCCUUUUUUAUUUUUAACUUAACCCUAAAAUUUAUAUUGACAAGGGAAAGAGAUCUUUUAAUUCCAUGAUCAUUAUUAGUAAGAUGAAAAUAGACAUGUUUUGGUGAAGAUGAAAAAGCAAAGCUACAGGAAGUUAGUGUUUGUUUACCCUGAGCAGGGUCUUCCUGGGUGGUGCCGAGGGCAGGUGUGUUGGCCUUCCCCUCCAGCUGAGGUUACCGGGUGUCUUCUAGUUUGUAGAAUUAAUUCAUUUCUGAAUUUAACCAUGUAGUGUGUGUAUUUCCUAUUCCCUUUCUUUCUGCCUCUUUUCCUCCCACUUUGGCUUGUAGAUUUUUUAAAGACAGAUGUUUUAGGCAAAAUAGUAGCAGUUUGAUUAAGAGUUAUGUCUAAAAUCAGGGAACUUUGCUUCCUUCCCCCAUCCUGGAGCUCUCCCUCUGCCCCUCGUCCAGCUGUUAGGGGUCUGCAGACAUCACUCCAGGGGUGCCCUGUGGCUCAUUUUCUAGGGACAACAAGGGAAAAGUUGAAUCUAGCCUUUAGGGAAAUUUUUUUGAGAAGUUUGCAUGUGAAGCUUCCCUAAACAGCACUGCCAAAGCUUUGGAAUUAUCACAUGAGGCUGCCCAGACUCCCCAGCCCGAGUUCGCAUUGCCAAUAGCCCCAUAGUGCCAAAUUUGGGGAUGGUUUUUCAUUUCUUUUACAAAUGAAGUUGGGAAUGAAUGACCACAUGCUUACGAGCCCCCAGCAAGAUGCCAAGCGCAGACCCUCAUGAAUGCACCGCUCUGCUGUUGUCCCCCCCAGCAAUUUGUACUCUUAACAUGGGUUGGGAUUGGGGGGAGGGGAUAGGAUAAGAUAGGGAAAAUUUUUUUGAAAAUUCACUGUAUUUGCAAUUCUCGAAUUAAAGGAAUAAAUAAUACUUACAUUAAAAACUACAAAGCUAGUUCCCAAGACCUGCAUUCAUUUUAUGUGACCAACUUGCCCAAGGCCCUGAGCUCUGAAGUCACUAUUCUAAUACAACAUGACUGUGCGUAUAUGUACACAUUACUGGUAACCAGCAGCUACGUUCUAUUCCUUGCCUUAGAUAGAAGGUAUUGGCCUCUUGAAUCUUGUCUAUGUAAUAAGAGUAUUACAGAGAGUGUUUUCUAGAGUGAGGAGCAUAUGCAAUCUGGGUAAUUUAAAACAGGGCUUAUUUCAUGCAACUGUAAUGAUUUCAGCCCACAUACAUUCUGUGCAAACGGGAUUGCGUGAGGAUGAUGGCAUCGUUUCAAUCCUAUCUGAAGUCAUUCUGGGAAACUGAUGACAUUAUUGAAUUGGAUCACUUGGGUAUCCGGCAAUACAUGAGGGAUAUGCAAAGGAGUGAUCACCUUUUCCUUUGCCAAGUAUAUCUUGAUUUUCCGGAUUUUUUUCCCCCUGAAUUAUUGCCAGAUCUAAUGCUCUUACAACCAUGUCAAUGAAGAAGGUUUAGAAAGGGCAACAUUUCACUGUACAUUUGAAAGUAUGUGAAUACACACUCUGGAUGAAGCUUUAUUCUUCCAUGAUUUCAGAAAUGAUUUUUUUCUCCUUUGACCCAUCAUCAUUAGACUGAUCUUCCCUUAAUAUUCUCCUAAAAUUGCCUUAGCCGGUCACACCAGCAUUCCUGAACCAGCUCUGCAGAAAUGACAUGACUGUUAGAUACACACUGGGGCCUAUUUAAUUAACUCUAGGUUAAAUCAUUGGUAUCUAGACUUUGGAACUACUUAGUUGAACACUGCAGGAGUAAUAGAAUCCAGUGUUCCCCCAGAGUGUGUUCCAUAGAACACAAUUUCCAAAGAUGAUCUUCCAAAUAUAGGGUUCCAUGGUCAAAUGAGUUUGGGAAAGAUACUAUCUUAAAAAGUUAGUGCAUAUAAGCACAUAGAAGGUUUUAUUUAAAUGUCCUAUAGGUGGGCGGUGAGGAGAAGAGAAGAAACACACCACAAAUGUAAUUUCAGUUAGCUCAGUGUUUUCCAGAUUAAUUUGGCCAGAGAAACUUAUUUUGAGUAACACCUAGUAACAUUCCAAGGAGCUUGUGUUCCACAGGACCCACGUUGGGAAUUUCUGGUAUAUGGAUAUAGUACUAUUUUCUCAUUCACUACAACUCUUAGUGGUAGCCGCACAAUUUGCAAUUUUGAAACACUAGUCCUUUUCACAUAUGAGGCUGAUUUGUUAAUGAAAGCGGGAAGAAACAGUAUGACUUAGCAAGACCCAUCAGCAGCUUCCCAUUGAUAACAGAAGCCCAGCAGUCCUACCUGAAGCUCUAAACUUCUCUCUUUUGUGUUAAUAGGCAGGAGCAUUGCCAUAUAGCUAGGGAUUUCUCAUAUUCAUUCCAAGAGCUUUCCGUUGUGUUUUUGAAGUCAUCUUUGCUUUCCAGAUUGAAUCAAAAUAAAUAUUUUUACAUCUCAUCACUAUGUGAAAGUUUAGAAAUAUAUAUUUAAAACAGUAGAAAAGGAGGAAAAAGACAUUUGGUUAUAAUUCAUUUUAAAAUUUUAACUAGAUUUUUAAAAUUAUGUAUCCAUUGUAUAAUAAUGGAAAUGUGAACUAUUAACACUUAUUUACUCUUUGUCCUCUGUCAUUCUUUCCAGAUUCAAUGAAAUAAUCUGAAAUCAACCAAAGCUCAUUUGUUCUAAAAUCCCUAUCCCAUGUUGUCCCACUUUUCACAUAUUAUGUAUAGGAUUAAGUUUGGUGAGUUAUCUCUUGACUAAAAUGUAGGGCUUGACUAUAACUCUGUACUCGUCACUCUCGGCCUGGGCAGGCCUGGGACGCUCUAGGGAAUCCUGAAAUAACAGAUGAAACAAAUUUAGUCCAAAACACCGUGCACAGUGAAGUUAGGGUAAAGUCAUUAAUCAGAAUUACCAGGAAUACAUCCACCCUGUGGACAUUAUCCAAAAUAGUAAAAAACUGAAAGUAAAACUGCUUAAGCUAGGUGGCAGAUUUCAGAGGGCAAGUGACAGUUGAAUUAGAUAUGUGCUUCUAGACAUGUUUGGUAAUAUGUAAAUUUUUUUUGCUAAUUCUUAAUGUCGAUGCUUUGUCCAUUAUUUUUUCUUUUUACCACUGUUAAACUGCAGACUGUUUAACUAAGGGUGGAUUGUGAUCAUUUUGAUGUGUUUAGUAAUAACCACACCAUCAUUUGUACAAUCACUUUAAUAAAUCCAAGUUAAGGACUUUGAA